AUGCAAACUAGUAUGGGAAACGCAUUACGUUGCGUUUACCUAUCACCGCAUUUGUUCAUGUUUUCAAAACGUUUUAUGCCUGCUCGUGGAACAAAACCUUUACCAAGAUAUCUUUGGGAUAUGGAAGAUCUAAAAAAGCAGACAAAAGGAAAAUAUACACAUGAACCUUUAGUUUUACAUCGCCUUGGUGGACGUGAUCCCAAAACAGGUCGAAAAGUUAAUCAGCAUAUCGGUGGUGGCACCAAAUUCGACUAUUUCAUGGUUGAUUUUCAUCGACGUGGACCAAAAGAGCCUGGUAUAACUUAUGACGAACGGGUCAUUGAAGUACGACGAGAUCCAAACAGGACAUGUUUUAUUGCACUUGUUGCUGGUUGGGAAGGUAAACGCUGGAUAUUAGCAACGGAGAAUAUGAAAGCUGGACAAAUUAUUAGUACGACAUGUUACGUACCUGAAAGUCCUCAAGAAGGAAGAGAAGGUAAUGCAUAUCCAUUAGGAGCGUUGGCAUCUGGUUCCAUAAUUAAUUCAGUGGAAAAAUUCCCAAAUGAACGAAAAUACCCUUCAACAGAUGACGAUGUCUUUAUUGUCACUGCCGGCACAUGCGCUGAAAUUAUCAGGCAUCAAGGAGAUUUUGUUAUUAUUAGACUUCCUCACAAACAUGAAUUUGUUCUGUCAAAGGAAUGCAUGGCUACAGUUGGCAGACUGUCACAUGCAGAAUUUCACGACAAGAUUUUUGGCUCAGCACAAAUGCAUCGACGUUUUGGCUAUAAGAUGGCUAGUGGCUUGUUCCAAAAGAAAGACGGCUAUUUGGGCCGGAAAGUACGACGACUACCGCCACCGAGAACGUUGGUGCCAGAGAAACCACCACAAGAAAUGCAGUCAUUUACCCUCACCAAGGAACAGCAAAGCGGACAAACAGGCAUACAUCGCAUGCCACAGUUGGUUCACGCUGGUUUCAAUUAUCGCGAAUAUCCGGACUGA